AUGCGACAAGGAGGGAUGGGAAUAUGCUACGAAUUUCGCCGGGGCAGUUUGGAGCCCGAUCAAGAGUGCCAGUUCGUUUGUACGUCGUCGCAGAUGGAAAAGACAUAUGCGCUACACGGCAUGAAAAUGUGGCCGCGUCUACCACCAGAAGAAACGACAACGUUCGUAGAGCUAGCAGUAGGUGGAUUCGACAUGCUGUGUGAUCGUAGCUACUUACUAUUUGCCUUGUCAAAAGACGGGUAUGUGUACAGAAGGGUCGGAAUUGGAGGGAACAAUCCAGGAGGCGACUUCUGGAGUAAAAUUCCGGAGAUCGAGUGUGAAGAAGGAAGAGAAGAUUUGGCGAAAAUCAGCUGCUCAGCCUCAUUGGGAACUUUGGUUGCUCUCACUUGGGACGGGCGAUUAUUUCUUAGAGUCGGAAUAACAAAAGGUAUUUCCACUGGCAUUAGAAAGAGCGACACUUAUGAAAUUGUUUUGUAG